CACGGUUGAUGCAGGGAGUCUCAUGGGAUGGUGCUGUCCCGGCGUUUUUCUUGGGUGCAUUUACAGUAUUCCUUGCAGCUGUGGUGUAUUACUGGUACCACUACUUUGCGCCGCGCCUCUGGCCACAGACGGACGAGCGUCAAGACGGUCCCAUGCCUGUCACAGCUGGCACAGCAACUCCGACCCCGACGGCAGUUCCGGUGCUCCCAUUCAAGGAACCUGAAGUCAGGAAGAUUGUUGUGUCGCCCAAAGAAGACGUGCAGAGCGAAAGUGGGCAGACGCCGCCACUCCGGAGUGCAGCUUUUGCAGGCGAGUCUACCUCCUGGGAGCCGGAGGAUUUGAGAUUCGAUCCAAAAUGCGAAGAGCAGGAGGUCAAGGCUGGCCCUGUCAGUGCUUGGGAGGAGCAAGAAAGAGCCCUUCGAGACCUGGAGGAAGGUCUUCAAAAUGACUUGCGCCGGGACGAGGCAAUCUUCUCCCAGCGAGCAAUGGACAUUUGCAAAGAAGACUUUGCUGACUGACACUGCACUGUGGAAGUGAGCACUCUGUGGAUUUUUCAAUCCACAGGAUGUUAAUGUGGUUUUAAGGUGGUGAAAAAAUCACCUUAGAGUUCAUGCACUGGACUUGCUGCACUUCACGGCAUUUACACUGCCGGGUUGCCAAGUAGUCCCUGAAAGAGUGUCUUGGACACACUUUGUUUGUAACGUGUACGAUGGUAGAUAGGACCAGGCUGGCUGCGAAUGCAGCUGACCUGUACGUUUGAGUCGCUCGAAGAGCCCGUGCGUUUGCGCAGCAAAACUUGAG